AUGACUUCCUCAACCGAAGUUCCUCUGAAUUAUGAAGAGAUGUUUUCUCAUCGAUUUACAUCAGAUGAUGAGGAAUAUCAAGAGUAUUUAAAACGCCCAACAGAUCCACCUCCUCUAGUAGAAGAAUGGAAAAACAGAUCUGGUGGUAACCAAAGAAAUAGAGAUCGGUUUCAAGAUGGCAGGCAGUUCAGAGGCAGAGGGGACAGGCAUGACUGGCAAGGUGGUAAUAGAUCUAAUCAGUGGCCAGGAAGAAGCUGGGGUAACAGCUACCAACAGCACAGACAAGGACAGUCUUACUACCCCCAGUAUGACUAUGGCUACAACUCCUACAAUCCAAGGCCUCAUUACGGCCGCUAUUAAUAUGGUAUUUUGGUGUUAAGUAUCCACUAAAACCAUUUAACCUGAAUGCCAGAUUUGGGGUUUUGUUUUGCUCAAUUUUCUUGUAUUUUCUAUGUAACUUUAGGUAAUGGAUAUUGGUUUUAGAGAGCUCGUUGAUGUCAUUUUGUAGUGCAAAUUAAUGAAGAUGUGACCUUUGUUGUGAGUAAUAAAAUUCUAUAAACAAUCUCUAGUGAGCCCACAGACAACAAGAUUUGUUUCUCCCUCCAAUUCUUUUUUGCUCGGUAAACAUUGUUUCCCCCCCACCUUGUCCCUGACAUUAUCCCAUUAUAUUAUAUCUUAAAAUCAAUAGUUCAGGGAAAUGGAAGUUUGCUUUGUCUCUCAAGCACGUGGCAAUGACUCUGUGCAUACAUGCCAGGGUGUUCUUGAAAUUCUGAUGCAUAUUGUGUCCCUUGCUUGGGAGGAGUGUUGCUUAUUAUGGUCAUCCAUAAUGGAAGAAAAUCAUGCAAUCUGGGUGGGAUUUGUUUUUGAACUACUAUUACUACUGAGCUAGCUUAUGCUGCUGGAGUUCAUGAAAAGUUCAAGGAAGACAUUGCUGUCUGUGUUUUUAAAUAAUGUUGACCAAAAUAGAAAAGCAGAGGAAGAAUUGUAAAAGAUGUGAAGGAAGACUCUUAUACAAGAUGUAUUUCUCCCUGCUGAAUGCAUGGUUUAAAUUUG